CACCACCUCAGUUGAGCCGGCUUCGCACCUCGAUCUACACAUCGCUAGAGUGACUCCGGAAUGAUGCAAGGAAAAUACUCGCAGCACAGCUACGACUAGACGAACAAAAUCAUCCCCAACAUCAUACCGCUUCAGGCCAUUGGCACCAAGCCACCGUGCAUCUGGUAUAUCCAUCAUCGAGAUCCAACGCCCCCCUACACCCCUCCCAACCAUCCCAAACAACACGACGCUACUCGCUCACCGAAUCACCAUCUCUCUCGACACGCAGCCUCUCGCUCCUCCACGUGUCUGCUGGACGACUGCCUCCUGUCCCACCAGAGAUUGACCGCCUCCUCCGGCUCUUGUACCUGCUCCAACCCUCGUUCGCAGCACGUUGGCCUCCUCAGCACUGCCCGACGUCUGCUCCUCUGCUCGCUUCUCACCUCCCACCCCCCUUCACGGGUCACUCGUAGCGAAUCGUCGUUACACGCACGACCGCUUCCCUGCUACCUCCGUUGAUCCAGGGAGCAGUUGAGACCGCAGACUGCUCGCCCAAUGUCCUCCCCAUGUCAAAUAGCGCUCCCGCCGGAAGACCGUCCGCGCCAGGUUCGACGGUAAAUGGACACUCUCUGCUCCGCCGUGAACCAGGCUCUACUUCAACUGCUCCCAGUCUGAGUCCCUCGUCCAGCUCCAGGCCGAUUCCCAUCUCACGGGGGACAAAAGGAAUAUAUCCUUCCACAAAUACAAACAAUGGCAGAGGUCCGCUCUACAGUCUUCACCGGGCAGCCACGUUGGGCGAGCACAUUCCUCAACUAUCAGAAAGAGACAGUAUCUUUGCCGAACACUAUGUCUCUCCUCCAAGUGAGCCUUCCACUCCCCUAGACGCGGCAAGAACCUCUCCGUCUUCCAUUACACCGCGGAAAGCGCCAUUCAACAUGUCGACCAUGGUCACCCAUCCAGUCUCCCCUCCCGAUACAAGCAAAACUCCGCGCACCCACUCCCCACGAAAGCUGGACUGGCUUCGGCGGUCCGACUCUUUGACCGAUGCAGACACCCCUCCUUCGCCCUCCCAUCCUUCGACUGGCACGAUACAUGGUAUCAGACGCAUAGCCUCCGAUUCGAACUCAUGGACUAAGAAGUUUCAUGUCACUUUGGGAAAGAUGGAGAACCAGGAGGGGAAAGAUCAAGAGGCGGGAAGUGUACGACAACAUCAGUAUGGCGGAGCGGGCCCAGAAAGAGACAACUCUUCGGAACAAGAAAGUGGGCAACACACAGUGGUUGAGAGAGGCAAUGCCAUGCGUGCCGUCCUGAAGGGCCCUCGCACAGAGCGGAGUGUCAGCCGUGGCCGGGCACAUGUGGACAAAAGUAUAGAAGCUACCGUGAAGAACCCCGAAGUGGGUGGCACAGCACGUAGCAGGAAGGCUAGCCAUAUGAUGGGUAUUUUCGAUCCACGAACUGGCUCCGAAUCCCCAGGGUUGACCGUCAGUGACCAAUUGAGUCACGUUGGUGGCAGCAGGGAGCCUUCGAAGUCGUCUUCACGACCGACAAGCCCAGCUACUCAAGAUACUAAAUUCUCAUGGACUGCACGCCGACCUUCAAGGGAAUUCGUCGAGCCUAUCGUCAGCGCCUCCCAAGACGUCACUCGCCCAGGGAGUCUUCGCAGUUCUCAGGCAACUUCUCCUCUCAGGCCUGACCACGACCCUUAUUUCCGUCAACAGGACCUUGCACAGAAACCAGACGUGAACGGGAGAGUAUUGGAUGACGGCAAGGAAGCCUACAAAACAACCAUCCGUGAUGUUCCUGCCACGGAGAAGUUCACUGGAGGGGACAGUGAAGAGGAUCAUCACCCUUCUGAAGAGGAGCAUAUAUCAGCAGCUGUCUACUAUCCUCAUCCAGGUCCGUCUCCUGAAGAAAUUGAGCGCUUCACUUCCCCAGGGGAGGUUGCUUCCCCCAAUCUGAACAACAAUCGACAACUUCCGAGAGCGACAGACGAGAUCGUUCUGUCCACGGAUACCAAAACAAACGAAGCAUUGGGAGGUACAGAGCACAUUGACAUCUCAGUCGUAUCUCAAAAUGAGAAAAGAAUGUUUCAUGGCAAUUAUCGCCCUUUGGACGAAGUCGCAGUGGAGGGUCAGCUGCCACCUUUGUCACCUCUUGAAGAGGCUCCAUCAACGGCAAUUGUCAGUACUUCGGAAUCGGAAAUCGAAUCCGGGGACGAUAUCAGUCGGCAGAGUCAAAUAGAUGACAUGUCAACCACGCCGACGCAACGAAGCACGCUAUCCAGGCGGCCAACCGAAGUACAAGGCCCACCGAGGACCAAGGGGAAGGUUGUCCUUGAACCUUACAAGCAUCAAGUGGGAGGGCAUUCAACAAUUUUUCGCUUCUCUCGUCGCGCUGUCUGCAAACAACUGAAUAAUCGGGAGAAUGAGUUUUACGAACGAAUCGAACAAAGGCAUCCCGAUAUGCUCAAAUUCCUUCCAAGGUACAUUGGCGUACUGAACGUGACGUUCUCCAAGAUUCCGAAACAAGCGCAGAACUCUGAAGCGAGACCUGAUGAUAAUACAAGGACUGAAAACCCCAGUCAAGACGAAGGCCGUUCGAAAGAAAUGAAUGACACGUCCGAUAUCGGCUCGAGGCCAAUUGUUUCGUCGGGCGACCAGCCACGAAUCGUCAGCCACUCGAUGCAACAAAUCGGCAGCAUCCCAGAGGUCAUUCUAGAACAGAACAAACAUAUCAUUCCCUCCAACUACUUUGCUUUGCCAGAGCGGCCUAAAAGCGCCGACCCCAAUCACGGGCGCCGGCGAAGCAAGGAUUUCGAUCUUCCAGGUUCUGCCAUGCAAGACAUCUCUCAGGCAGAGAAAUCCCCGAACAGACCAUCAAUGCCCGAACAUUCCAACAGUUGGGGCCAUACUACUGUCAACGAGGGCUUGAAGGACAAAAUUCUACGCGAAGUCUUCGGUCCUCCCCCCGUACAGUAUUUCCGUCGCCACAUACCCUCGCACAGUACUGUUCCGCGACUCAAAGGUCAUCACGUUCCCCGCCGGAGGAGCAAUCUCUCUACGAAUUCGUUCCCCCAUGCAGAUACUAAGGACGCUGCCCAGUCAAAAGAUCAACUUGAACCAACGAUACUACAUACCGAGACUGCUCACAUGCCUCCACUCAGUGAGGUACGCUCUCAGACCAGCGACGGCGCCGGUGUGUAUUCUUCAUCGGCUUCCGCAUUUGAUGACCUCAAAUACAAUCUCGAACAAGUCAAGACAGCUGGAAGUGAGGUGUCCACCUCCUCUGGCCCAGAGAACAGACAACAUGUGAAAAGGCGACAUUCUGGGAUGGGCCUGCGACGUCGGCGUCAAUCUGUAAACGAAAUACAGACUCCUGGGCUCGAGUAUUUUGAAGACGAAGCAUACACAACGGAUUUUGGUCCUGACACUGGUGGCGAUGUCUUCAUCAUGGACCAGGACAAGAGACGGAGUGCUGCGAAGCACCGCCUAAGUCAUUCUACAACCAAUGGCUCGAAUAAAUCUCAAGUUGGAGAGGCCAAAAUUUCUGAUUCCCACCCAAACAAUGCUGGCAGACCCAGAGAACCAGCUACAACAAGCUUGAUACCAUCAAAUCCAAAAGAGGCUCAAAAGACUUACAAUGCUUCUGGUGAUCGAGUAGUAUACUUCAUCCUGUUGGAGGACCUCACCAGCGGCAUGGGACGACCCUGUGUCCUGGAUCUUAAAAUGGGGACCCGGCAGUUUGGUGUCGAGGCCACCAAAAAGAAGAUGGAGUCUCAGCGCCGCAAGUGCAAAUCGACAACCUCUCAACAGCUGGGUGUCAGAAUAUGCGGCAUGCAAACAUUCAAUGCCAAAACUCAAAAGGUAUCGUACGAAGACAAGUAUUAUGGUCGUGACCUGAAGGCUGGGCGGGAGUUUAGAGACGCGCUCACAAGGUUUUUGUAUGAUGGGGUCAGUUAUGACAGUGUUGCACGGCACAUCCCCACCAUUUUGCAUAAACUCUCCAAGCUCGAGAGCAUGGUGCGAAGAUUACCCGGAUACCGGUUCUACGCGAGCUCCCUGCUCAUGCUAUAUGAUGCGGAGCCCUACAGGUCUCGGGAAGCUGAAGAGGCGGCACGGAAUGGCGUCGAUAUCGCCGAGCAGAAGAAAAAGGAGGGCAAAAAGUGGCCGCCACCUAUUGACAUCAAGAUUGUGGAUUUUGCAAACUGCAUCACGGGCGAGGACGAACUGCCCCCCAACGCUCAAGCGCCGCCUGCCCAUCCCAAGGAUAUUGAUCGAGGCUACUUGCGCGGGCUAAGGACCCUUAAGGCCUACUUUGAACGAAUCCUAGCCGACAUCAAAAACAACGAAAAGAAGGAGAUCAGCGGUAGGGAGGAAUUAACCACGGACAACGAAGGUGCCAUUCACGUUUCGAAUGGCGCGAACGAUACUCCCGAGGAUGAAGGUGAAGUCAGCGUAUAAAUGGCGAGCUGGCAUGCACCAGGACUAGAUUUAAUACGGGGCAAUCCCGAACUUGUCAAACCCCAUCAGCUUUAGCGAGGAGUGUGGAGUUUUGAAACGUUUUGCUCGGGACCAAGGUGGCUGUUUUUAUACACCUCGGGUUGGUGGUUUUGGCCAUCACGGCCAAGUAUUUCUAUCAGUCAGGCCGGAAGAGGAGCAUGGAGCUAGGACCCAACCUGGAAUGUCCUUUUCAACGCGUACGAGGAGGGCUGGAAGGAGUUGGACUGACUGAUGCCGCGGUACUUCUCAUACCAUGUUACGAAUAAUGCAGUGCACCGGUCACUCCAGGCUAUAGAGGUGUCUGAAGAUUAGGAUGAAUGCAUGAGUGAAUGAACAUGGCAAAGAUCUCGAAUCCUACACGUUGCCAAAGGUUGACAUUCUCUUACGUGGCGGCAGAAUCGAGAAACGCUUCUGUUCGGCGAGUUGGAUAGGCGACGCUCCCAACACUGAUCUUGGGCUUAUCCUGCAUGGUAUCAUUGCCCUCUCGAGGUGUCUUUGAC